AUGAAUUCCCUUCUCACUGCCCUAUCAGUGCCGUUUCUGGCAGGCUUGGUGCAUGGCUACGCGAAUCCCGGCUCUUGCUCCGGUGCCUGCAACGUCCACGACCCGGCCUUGAUUGUCAGAGAGUCGGAUGGGAAAUACUUCCGUUUCUCGACGGGCAACGAGAUCUCCUACGCUUCUGCCUCGUCCAUCAACGGUCCCUGGACCGCCAUUGGAUCUGUGGUGCCGGCUGGUUCCAAGAUCAACCUCAGUGGAAACACUGAUCUCUGGGCCCCGGAUGUGAGCUACGUGGAUGGCACCUACUACUGCUACUAUGCCGUCUCGACUUUCGGAUCGCAAGACUCGGCCAUCGGCGUCGCAUCAUCCACCACCAUGGAGCUGAACAGCUGGACUGACCACGGGUCCGUGGGCGUGGCCUCUUCCUCGUCCAAGAACUACAACGCCAUCGACGGCAACCUCCUCGUCGACGGCGGAUCCUAUUACAUGCAAUUCGGCUCCUUCUGGGGCGACAUCUACCAAGUCAAAAUGUCCUCCCCAACCAAGACAGCCGGAACGGCCUCCUACAACAUCGCCUUCAACGCGACGGGCACUCACUCGGAGGAGGGCGCCUACCUGUUCAAGUACGGCAGCUACUACUACCUCUUCUUCUCGUCGGGCACCUGCUGUGGCUACGACACCUCCCGCCCCGCCCAGGGCGAGGAAUACAAGAUCAUGGUCUGUCGUUCGAGCAGCCCGACCGGUGGAUUUGUGGACAAGAAUGGCAAUGCGUGCACAUCCAGUGGCGGCACGAUCGUGCUCGCCAGCCACGGUAACGUCUACGGACCCGGUGGACAGGGUGUGUACGAUGACCCGACCCACGGACCGGUGCUUUAUUACCACUACGUCGACACGACCGUUGGCUACGCUGACAACCAGAAGCGGUUUGGAUGGAACACGAUUGACUUCUCGAGUGGCUGGCCUGUUGUGUAG